GUGUGGUCGGCACAUCAAAAUGCGUGGAUUCGGAUGCAGACUGUUACGGAUGGGUGGCCCAGAACCAUACGUGGUGCUAUGAGGAGGACACCUUUACGGCGAGUCUCUGCGACAAGAGUUGUCAGAAAUGUGGUGCACCCGUUCGCAAAGUUGAUAUCAUUUUGUCAAUUUAUAGAAUUCGAUUUGAGACGAGUGCCGCAUAAUUUGCAACCGAUCGCAUUUUUAAUCGGUAAAUGGCGUUCUGAAUUUGGCGGUAAGGCAUUCUUUCCAACUAUUCCCAGGUUUACGUACGGCGAAGAGAUUGUUUUCAGUAUUUGCGAUCCGCAUUUGAGUGGUGAACCAUCACUCUAUUAUAAUGCUACUGCAUGGGCUAACAAUAAUAAUGAUGAGCUACAUAGCGAGUAUGGCUUCAUAACGGUUGAAAACGGCACACGAAAUGUUUCGAUGAAUACAAUUAUGAGCAAUGGUUUUGCAACAAUUGAACGCGGCUACGAAGAGGAUAACGCAGUGACGUUGACAAUGCGCCGUAUCGGUCGAGUCAGUUUCAGUCGGGAUUUACCCGUUAGAACGAUGAUCAGAAGCUGGACACUACUUGAUCCAGGUCAUCUUGAAGCACGUCUUUUCAUGGGCACAGUAACGCAUCAUCUCAUGGAGCACACGUCUGUUGUUUACGAGAGGAUAUAUCCUUGA